CAUUCCUUUUAAUUCUUCAUGCGAGACCUCUUUAUUCACUUCCAAACUGCCCCCAAAUUCUCCCUUUAUUCAAUAAAUAUUAAAUAACAUUUUCUUUAAAAAAAAAUCGAAACUUUUUUUUAGGUGGAAGAACAGUUUCUAACCUGCAGAAAUGGGUUCUUCUCACAAUAUCUUUUUGGGUCUUUUCUUAUGUGUUUUGCUGGCACAUGUUACUACAAUCUUCACUUAUGCUAAGGUUUAUGUGGUGUAUAUGGGUGGUAAUGAUAGUGAUGACCCAGAUGAAAUCUUGAUGAAAAAUCAUCAAAUGCUUGCUUCUGUUCAUAGUGGAAGUAUUGAAGGAGCACAGGCAUCUCAUUUGUAUAGUUAUAAACAUGGGUUCAGAGGGUUUGCAGCCAGGUUAACAGAUGAUCAGGCUCUUCAAAUAUCCAAGAUGCCUGGGGUGGUGUCUGUGUUUGAGAACAAAAGAAAAAGUUUGCAUACAACACAUUCAUGGGAUUUCAUUGGUCUUGUUGGGGAAGAAACAAUGGAGAUCCCAGGUGUUUCAACAAAGGAUCAAGUUAAUGUAAUCAUUGGUUUCAUUGAUACAGGAAUUUGGCCAGAAUCCGCAAGUUUUAGCGAUACCGACAUGCCCCCUGUGCCAGCUGGCUGGAAAGGAAAAUGCCAAUCAGGGGAAGCAUUCAAUAUUACACAUUGUAACAGGAAACUGAUAGGUGCUAGAUACUAUCUGAGCGGAUACGAAGCCGAAAAACAAGAUAAGCUUGAAUAUAUCGAUGAUCCAAAAAACAAACGCUCUUAUCGAUCAGCAAGAGAUAGUAACGGGCAUGGGACCCACACGGCCUCCACGGCUGCAGGGCGGUACGUGAUGGACAUGAACUACAAGGGUCUGGCUCAGGGAGGUGCGAGAGGUGGUGCACCGAUGGCUAGGGUUGCGGUCUACAAGACGUGUUGGGAUUCAGGCUGUUACGAUGCUGACAUAUUAGCUGCAUUUGAUGAUGCCGUCAGAGAUGGGGUGCACAUUGUGUCGUUAUCUCUCGGCCCUGAUGCCCCUCAAGGAGAUUACUUUAGUGACUCGAUUUCGAUCGGCUCGUUUCAUGCGGUUAGCCGUGGGAUAACGGUUGUUUCUUCGGUUGGUAACCAAGGGACCACGGGGUCUGCCACUAAUCUCGCUCCAUGGAUCAUCACGGUUGCAGCCACCUCCAUUGACCGAGAGUUUAUAGCUAAUAUUCAAAUGGGAAAUGGCGUUAACUUGAAGGGUGAAAGUCUAAGUGUACUCAACAUGACAGCUCCUGCAAGAAUAAUUUCGGCUUCAAUAGCAAACGGGGGUUACUUCACUCCCUAUCAAUCCAGUUACUGCUUAGAAAGCUCGUUAAACUACACCAAGACACGAGGGAAGGUGUUGUUAUGCAGACACGCAGAGCGUUCAUCAGAGUCAAAGGUGGCUAAAAGUCAAAUAGUCAAAGCAGCUGGUGGAGUCGGGAUGAUUCUUGUAGAUGAAGAUGUUGAUGUUGCAAUCCCAUUUGUGAUCCCGGCUGCUAUCGUCGGGAGAAAAGUAGGAAAACGGAUUUUAUCGUACAUUAACAGCACACGGAAGCCAACGUCGCAGAUUCACUCAUCGGAGGCUGUUAUAGGAUCUCAACACGCACCUCGUGUUGCAUCCUUCUCAUCAAAAGGUCCCAAUGGAUUAACCCCGGAAAUCCUAAAGCCGGACGUUGCAGCUCCCGGAUUGAACAUCCUGGCGGCAUGGUCCCCGGCGAUCGGGCAAAAAAUGAAGUACAACAUUAUGUCAGGAACCUCCAUGGCAUGCCCUCAUGUAACCGGAAUCGUAGCAUUAAUAAAAGCAGUUAAUCCCUCAUGGUCUCCUUCUGCAGUUAAAUCUGCUAUCAUGACCACAGCUUCGAUUUUCGACAAGAGUGGAAAGCCAAUGCGGGUUGACCCAGAAGGACGACGGGGAAAUCCCUUUGACUACGGUUCUGGGUUCGUUGACCCAACAGCAGCACUUGACCCAGGUCUAGUCUAUGACACGACACCAGCGAACUACAAAGCCUUUCUUUGCUCAAUCGGCUACGACGACAAGUUACUUCACCUCAUCACCCGAGACAGCAGCACUUGCGAAACCCAAACGUCGUUCUCAACGCCCUCCGCCCUUAACUAUCCUUCCAUCGUUGUACCCGAUCUCAAGUCAAACUUUUCGGUCACUAGAACUUUGACUUGCGUCGGGAAGCCGCAAAAAAGAACCAUUUAUCGAGCCGUGGUGUCUCCACCACGCGGAGUUGAAGUCGAUGUAGUCCCACAACGACUAGUUUUCGACACGUACGGCCAGAAAAUGAACUUUACCGCCACUUUUAGAUCCUCUGCGCCAUCUCAAGGUUAUGUUUUCGGUUACCUACAAUGGAAGAACGGGAAGUCGCGUGUGACUACGCCUCUGGUGGUCCGGACCGCGCCAUCUGACGUGUGAUCGGGUACAUAAGUUAUAGAUUCAAAGAUUUGUGAGAAUACACUGCUACAUUAAAACAGCCUUAGAUGAAGAUAUGGGUCAAAUUUGUUUACUUAAUCUCUUUGUGUAGUUAUCUUGAUCAUAUUAGUAGAUUGGCUCAAGGCUAUGAGAUUUGUACAACUGUUAUUUAUUUUUGUUAUCCGGAUGAUUCAGUGUUUUGUAGAUGAUCCUUAAUAAAGUUGUGAUUUGAGUGUAA